AUGUCUAAAGAAAAGUUAACGGGAGAUUGUUUAAGAAUUGUAUUAAAAGAACUAGAAGAAGACAAAGAUACUUUAUAUUCAUGCUUACUAGUUAAUAAAUUAUGGUGUGAACUAACUGUAGAAGUAUUAUGGAGUCAACCUUUUCGUAUAACCAGGUCUUCACCUUCCUCAAAACUAAUAGAAAUCUACAUGAGAUUUCUUUCGGCUGAACAAAUACAGAAAAUUAAACAAGAAACAGGAACAUUAUUAAUAAACGAAGAAGAAUACAAUGACGAUUAUGAUUAUUUCGGAGCUACCGUUUUUCUACCAAUGUUUGAUUAUCCAAUAUUUCUAAAAAAUUUAUCAUACCUUGAUUUAUACAUUUCAGUAUCAAAAUGGUUUAAUCUAUAUGAUAAAUGGUGCGAAGUUUAUAGGGAAAGGGUGGCGAUUCUAUCAAGGGUUUUAUUGGAAAUGUUUAUGCUGAAAUCAAAUUCUUUGGUUAAGCUGUCGAUUGAAACAGGUGACAUGUUUAUGGUAAAGAAUAAUCAUUUGAAUGUGUUUGGUUUACCAGGGUCAGAUGAGUGCCUGGCAAAAUUAAAACAAUUCACUUGUAUCGGAGAUUUUUUAAAAUAUGAAAUAUUUUUGAGCGCAUCGAAAACAUCUAGAAAUAUUAAAACACUAUACAUUAGUCCGGGUCGUGUGGGUGCUUUGCACGAACAUAAUGUACCUCAAAGACAAAUUGAUAAUUUAAUUGAACUAAUAAAAGUUCAGAAAAAUCUAGAACAUUUAGCAUUACAUAGUUGUAAUCAACCAAAUAGAUUAGUUGGUUCGCUGAUGUGUUUAUUGGAUCAACAAAUUCAUUCUUUAAGACAUUUAGAAUUUAUCUUGUUCAGCUUCAACAUUAGCAAUGGCAACAACAAUGACAUAAUUGAUUUCACACCUUUAACUGGAUUAAAAAAUUUAGAAACUUUAACUUUCGAAAGUUGUAAAGGAAUCAAAAACUUGAUGGAAGUAUUUUCUAGUAGAAAUGAAUUAAAAAAUCUAAAAAAAUUAAGUUUCAAAAACACAAUCAUGAAGGAUAAUGUGUUGGCUGAAUUUAUAGAAAAUUCAAAAUCAUUAUCAACGCUUCAUAUAGGACCAAUUGAAAUCAACGAUCCAACAGAUCCAAUUAAUAUAUUUGAUUCAUUAGAACAUCUCAUAAUUCACGCCGAUUGGUGUUUUUCAUCAUAUGAUUUACUAUUAGGUUUAAAGGGAUGCAGAGCAAAAUUAAAGACAUUUAAAAUUCCAGAUUCUUAUUGCUUAAACGAUUCACAUUUAUUUGUUAUAGCAGCUUGUUUAGGUGAAUCGUUGAAAUAUCUGGAUAUCAGUUAUGCAUCUCCUUCUCAGAUAACGGGAGAAGGUCUGUCCAAAGUAAGAUCUGUGAUUGAGAGAGUUGAUUACCGUUAUAAAAAAGAUCGUAAAUAUUCCGAUUUUUGGAAUUUAAGAUUUUGGGGGGAAAAUUGGGUCGAGGAACCAAUUAUUGGUGAUUUUUUAGAACAGGAUUGA